AUGAAGUUCUUAAAGAUUUUGAUCUUACAUUCAACUAUACAUUUCAUACAUUCAACUUUUAUCAAAUCACCUAAUCAAAUCGAAAGUUUUGAUUAUCUUGUCAUUGGUGGUGGAACAGCUGGUGAAGUAUUGAACUCUAAAGACAACAGAAGUCUUACUCAUGCUUUCUCUUUGGAUGCUUCUGAUGUUGGAUGUAGUACGAUUCGUAGUCCGAUUGAUUGGAAUUAUUCGACUAUUCGAUUACCUAAUGCAUAUAAUCGUUCAUUGGUUUAUCCUAGAGGCAAAUGUUUAGGUGGUUCAUCUGCUUUGAAUUUUAUGAUUGCUACUAAAGGAUCUAAAUUUGAUUAUGAUUCGAUUGAGAAAUUAGGAAAUCCAGGAUGGGGAUGGGAAACAUUCGAUAGAGGUAUAAGAAAAUCAGAAAACUUAAUUUAUAAAAUAAAUAAUCAAACCACUGAAUUCAAUUUUUUAGAAAAAAAUCAUAAUCAAAAAGGAAACAUCAAACUCACUUUUCCAAACUAUUUAUUCAAGUUUUGGAAAAAUUAUUUUAAUUCAAGUUAUGUUUUAAAUCAUAAUCCAAGAGCUUUAGAUACAUUUGGAGGUCAGAUUAAUGGUCCUUGGAUUUAUCCUUCUACGAUUGAUGAGGAUUCUAAAAGAGUCACAUCUGAAACUGGUUAUUUGAACCAACCUAGAUCUAAUUUGAUUAUUAAAACAAAUACGGAAAUUAAAAGAUUAAUCACGAAAAGAGCUUUGAAUGGAAAGAUCACAAUCAGAGGUGUAGAGAUCAAAUCGAAUUCAAAAAACCUGAUCUACGCCAAAAAAGAAGUGAUCUUAAGUUCAGGUUCGAUUGGUACACCUAAGAUCUUAGAACAAAGUGGAAUAGGUGACACCAAAAGAUUAUCAAAGCUUAAGAUUCCAUGCGUACUGAAUUUACCAGGUGUAGGAAACAAUUUAAUUGAUCAUCCAUUACUUUGGAACGUUUAUGAACUCUUACCUGGUCUAACUUCAAUGGAUGAUUUAUCCACUAAUUUAACUUUUGCGAAUGAACAAAUCGAUUUAUAUCAAGUUAAGAAACAAGGCAUCUUAACUAAUUCGGUGAAUGUGAUUGAUUUUGAAGAUUUGAAUGGGUUUUUAAAUCAAGAUGAAAUUCAAGAAGGGUUUCAAAUCAUUCGAGAUCAUCAACACAUUCCAAAUUCGGUGGAUGGUAUGGCUUUUGAUGUGAAUUUGGAUUUGAUCAAGCAUGGUACUCCGAUGGAAUUCAUCCUUGUGAAUCGUAGAUCUCUAGAGAUGAAACCUGAAGUUGGAAAAUCUUAUAUCUCCAUUGUGAUUUGUUUACAAUACCCUUUAUCAAGAGGAUCAACUCAUAUCACAUCAAAAGACGAAAACAUACCACCUACAAUAGACAAUGGGUUUUUGAACCAUCCAUUUGAUGUUUGGUUAUUAUCAAAAGCAAGUAAUCAUUCUAGAUCGAUUAUCAAUCAAAACACUUGGAAUCAAGUCAUCAAAAAAGAACAUUUACCAAGUUUAAAAGUUCAAAGUUUAGAUGACUUUAAUGAAUAUGUUAGAAGUUCAAUAGAUACGCUUUAUCAUCCGAUUGGUACAGCAUCUAUGUUACCACUCAAAGAUAAUGGUGUUGUAGAUCCAGAUUUAAAAGUUUAUGGUACAAAUAAUUUAAGAGUAAUAGAUGCAAGUAUUUUACCUAUACAUUUGGCUUUUCAUCCUCAAUUGACUGUUUAUGCGAUUGGAGAAAUCGGAGCUGAAAAAGUUCUUCAAUCUUUGAUAAGAUGA